UUUUGGGUCGUCUUCAGCAAGUCCCUGGAGAAGGAAGCCGCUAUGAUGGUGGAGGGGCCCUGCUCCAUUCAUCUCGCUUGGUGAUGGGCGUGUCGGUUGUCGCUGCGUUGUGCGGUGUAGAGGGUACGGCUUGGAUGGGGUAAUAUAUUUCAAGAGUAUUCACCAUGGUUCAAGAAAGAAAAUGUAUAUUGUGCCACAUCAUAUACAGCUCAAAAAAGGAGAUGGAUGAGCAUAUGAGAAGUAUGCUUCACCACAGAGAACUUGAAAAUCUGAAGGGGAGGGACAGCAACCAUGAGUGCCAGGUGUGUCGGGUGACAGUGGUGGGCUUGUCAGCAUACGCUAAGCACAUUUCCAGCCAGCUGCACAAAGACAACAUUGAAGCCCACGAUGGAGGUGAAGGGAAGGAAGAGACUGAAGAAGAAUACUUUGACAAGGAACUCAUCCAGUUAAUCAAGGAAAGAAAUGAGCAGAACAGGACAAGUGAAGCUUGCCAUGGGAACCAUGAAACUGAAACUGAAGACAGAAGAACACAAAGACGGGAAGAUGAUAGAACUUAUCAAGACAGAGAACCCUAUGAUUCUUCCUCACGGUACCAUCGUGGGCCACCUCCAAGAGACUGGAAAUGGGAAAAUGAUGGCUUCUUAAAUUCUAGGCAAGGCAAAUUUGCACAUUCUUCAAGGAACCCAAAUAACAGGCAUCUUGGCAGCCAGCGAGGAAGGCCUGGGUGGCAUCAAAAUAAUCCCGGAGUGCCUUCAAAUCGAUAUCAUAACUAUGGGAAUACUGGAGGUGCCUGGCAUCAGAAUUCUGGAGGUAAGCCAUCAGGUUGGCAUCAUGGUGGCAGAGGAAGAAAUCCCAACUGGAAUUCUGAAGGGAAAAGUAGUUUUUCAAAUUGGCAGUCCAAAAGCUCUGGAGGUAACUGGAAACUAGGUCAGCAAAGUGGAGGUGGCUGGAAUUUUGCAAGAAAUAGAACUGCAAAUUGUAACUUUCAAAUAGACAAUUUGGAGGUUCCCUGGUUUCAAAGCAAGAAUAUACAAGAUAAAUUUAGUGGAGAAAUGUAUGCCUGGCAGUGGCAAGAUAAUGGAUCUGGGGUCCCUUAUAUAGGCCACAUGAAUGAAAAUGACAGUAGGGAUAGCUUAUUGGAUUUCACUAGUGAUCAGCUUCCUUCGGAUGGGUUACUGAAUUUUAGUACUUCUGUUCAGCCAGACGGCAAGGCCUCUAAAAUAAAUGGAAAGUGCAGCAGCCCUUCUCGAGAAAAGGCAAGUCGUUGGGCUCCGUAUCCCUCUCAGAAAACUGUAGAACUGCCUCCAUUGUCUGAUAAGAAUGUGAAUAAAGUACCAGAGAAAGCAGAUUCUGCCUGUCUGUCAUCAUCCUCAACUCCAAAAUGGACAGAUCCUAAAACCAAUGACCCAAAAUUUAAAAAAUGGGAAGAAAGUUUUUCAGUAUCCUCCAGUUCAAAAAAAGCAUCCUACAAACCUGUGCCAUGCAGAGAGCCUACUGAAUGCACCAGUGGAAAAAAAUCAGACCAAGCAGAAAGCAGAGGCCACAGGAUGCCAUCCCUGAAGUCUCCACUUCUUGCUAUUCCAGAUUUAAAGCCAUCUUCUCAAAAGAGGAGCCCAAAUAAUCUCUUGAAACAUGUACAGCUUUUAUUAUCCUCUGGAGAGUGUCAGAGUCAGCUGAAUGCUUUAGACAUAGAAGCUAAUAGUUCUUCCUCUUAUGAAUCUAGGCUGAACAAUGAAUAUAAUGAUUCGGAAGGCAUCAGAAAUGUGUUAGACAACAGUGAAAGCCUAAGUGAUGUAUUAUGGAAAGCCGAACAAGAACUGAAGAGUAGCCAUUCUUUGCCAACUGCUCCCUUGAGCCCUUAUACAAUAAGUCGUGGAAAUCAAGAAUGGAGUACUGUGGGACCUGUACAUUCCCUGCUUGAGUCCCAGGUAGAUAGGUUGGAGGAAGAGAGUUACAGAGACAUAGCAGGAACCAAAAGUGCCCCAUCAAAUAUUUGUUCAUCCCAUGAACCCAGAGAAACUGACAAUACUGCAACAAAAAAUGUUCAUCCCCCAGGAGAAUCAGGUCAUAUUGACAAAAACUCUUCUGAAUUCCAAAUGGAGUCCGUAGAAUACCUCUUACACUGUCAACACAACUUAGAUGGUGACUUGAAAGCAACCCAGGAAGAGGACGGGGAGGAAGAUAUUACAAAGUCAAGUGAUCAUCCUGAAGAGGAAGACUAUGAAGCUCAUUUAAAUCACGAGCUACAAAAAGGUGCAGGUGGGCAGCCUUCUGGUCCUCUCCUCCCUGAACUGAGUAAACUUGGCUUUCCAGCUUCUCUCCAAAGAGACUUGACGUGGCGUGCCAGUUUGAAGAGCAAAACUGGCGCACAUCUACCAGAGCCCAACCUCAACAGUGCAAGGCGCAUUCGGAAUGUUAGCGGCUAUCGAAAGAGUGAGUCAGAGAAGGAAUCGGGGCUCAAGCCGACCUUAAGGCAGAUUAUUAGUGUCUCUCGUAGAAAUGUCAACUGGGAGCAAGUCAUUCAGCAGGUGACAAAGAAAAAACAAGAGCUUGGCAAAGGUUUACCAAGGUUUGGCAUUGAGAUGGUCCCUCUCAUCCAAAAUGAACAGGAGGGUCUUGGGCUGGGUGAGGCGCCUGAUCUCACCCCUCUUGAAGGAUUUCACUGGGAAGGGAUCUCCGUUGGCUCCCCUGGGCCCAUUAGAAAGCGUAGCCUCUCUGAAAGUAGCGUGACAAUAGAGAAGACAGCUUCUGCUUACAGUUUCUUUGACAAUCAUGGCCCAUUGAGCAAAGGCAGUGAGCAAAGGCAGACCAGUUCAGUUUCUGUCACCGAAGGCACAACUUCUGAGUUCCAACUGUAUACAGAUGCUCUGCCUUGUGUGAAACAAGAGGCCUCUUCUCUCCCUUCAUCACCAUUCAAAACUGACUCCAUUGCCAAUAGUAGGAGGCUAAGCUUACAGACCCCCCCUGACGUUAGCAGCCUCGCUGCACGUAGUGCAAAAGAAAUCCAGAGAAGCCCAGAAUACAGAGCACAUCUGUUUGAAGGCCAAGAUAUGCUAGAAAGUCCAGGGGAAAGAUACUGUUUGGCUUCAACUCUUUCUACAUCCAGCACGGUCGAUGCAGCCACUGAUAGCAGCUAUACAUCUGGCAAUGAACAGAAUGACAGCCAGGGAGUUGGCAAAAAACGAAGAGCAACCGGAGAGGCGUCCUCUCCUGAAAUCCCAAGUCUAGAAAGAAAAAAUAAGCGAAGGAAGAUUAAAGGCAAAAAAGAACGUUCUCAGGUAGACCAGUUGUUGUCUAUUUCCCUGAGGGAAGAAGAAUUGAGCAAGUCAUUUCAGUGUGUGGAUGCGAGCCUGCUGCAGGCUCGAGCUGCUUUACAAACAGCUUAUAUUGAAGUUCAGCGACUCCUUGUACUCAAACAACAGAUAUCUGUGGAAAUGGGCACUUUGAGGAGCCAGAGAAUUGAGAUCCUACAGGGACUUCAAGAAACAUAUGAGCCUACUGUACAGCAAGUUUAUCCGAACAGCUUGAGUGAAAAAGGAAACUGCAAGAUUCAGCCAACACAAGGUCUAAAUGCUAAUCCAGGUCUUCUAGUUCCUCCUAUGGAAAAUGUUUCACACCUCUCAGCCCAAAUAUCCCCAUCUGUCUUGGCAGCCCCUAUCCAAGUAAGCGUUCCACCCACAUUUCAAACUACAGGGAUCAUGGGAGCCAUCACAAUUCCUGAUUCGUCUGUUCAAAUCAAGCAAGAACCUGCAUCUCCAAAGCCUGGGGAAGAGAAUAUGAAUACACCACUGCAGAACUCUCUUUGUUCUCCACAAGCAGAACUUCAGUUUCAGGAUGGAAAUGCAAGCCAGAAAUCUUCACUGUACCCUGUAAUCUCUGCUACCAUGUCUCUGUCAGGACUCAUUGAUUUCCAGCAACUUAAUCAAGAUAUUCAAGAUCCUCUUCCUGAUGAGGAGACCCCCAGAGUAUCUGGUUGUUCACCAUCAUUAGAUUCAGUGAAGACAAAAGAAAACAAAGACCCAGCAGACAAACCCAUCACAGAACAAUGCAGUAGUUCCCUUCAGAGCAGAACCUUCCCUUCUGAACCCCCUAUGAAUGAUCCCAAACAGGCCAUGGAACAGCGUGAGCAGAUGGCAGUCUGCAAAUUAAGCAAGAAAAAGAAGAAGUUAAAGAAAAAGAAAGCACUGCGAGCCGCUCAUGUCCCUGAGAACAGUGACACAGAACAGGAUAUAAGUGACUCAAAACCUUUCAGGAAAGUCAAGUCUAUAAAGGGGUCCAAAGGUGAAAAAGUUACGACAUCCACUCCUCCAAAGCAAGAAGAUACAGAGGCUACUGUGGGGAAAAACGGGAAGAAGGAUGAGAAUAAUAGUGACACAUCUCUGGAGUUUGUGGAGGUCCCCAAAUCUCCUCUUGAAGUGGUGGCCAUUACUUCUUCAGAGUCUGGAGAUGAGAAACCAGACAGCCCUUCCAAGAGGGACUCCUUGAGUUCCUCAGAGCAGCUUUUAAGAGAAGCGUCUCGAUCUGGCUAUGAUGAAGUGAGCUCUACUAGUGAGAUUGGAACAAACUAUAGCGAUGGCAUUGGUAGAAUUGUGGCUGAGACUCAGACAUCUGUAUCAUCAGUUAGAGGAUCAAAAAACUCAUCAGAAGUCUCUUCAGAGCCUGGGGAGGACGAAGAACCUGCAGAAGGAGUAUUUGAAGGACAUGCAGCUGCAGUGAAUGCUAUUCAGAUUUUUGGGAAUUUGCUGUACACCUGUUCAGCAGACAAAACCAUCCGUGCCUAUAACUUGGUGAACAGGAAAUGUGUUGGUGUAUUUGAAGGACACACUUCAAAAGUGAACUGCCUGCUGGUUACUCAGACUAAUGGGAAAAAUGCAGCUCUCUAUUCUGGCUCCAGUGACCACAGUAUAAAUUGUUACAACAUCAAGACUAGAGAACGUAUUGAUCAGUUUAAGUUAGAUGACCGUGUACUCUGUCUGCACAGUAGAUGGAAAAUCCUUUAUGCUGGACUUGCAAAUGGUAGUGUGGCCACUUUCAGUAUCAAGAACAACAAACAAGGUGACACCUUUGAGUGCCAUGGACCCAGAGCAAUCAGCUGUCUAGCUACAGCCCAGGAAGGAGCACGCAGGUUGCUGAUUGUGGGAUCCUACGAUUGUACGAUCAGCGUGCGAGAUGCCCGAAAUGGACUUCUGCUUCGAACCCUUGAAGGUCAUAGCAAAACAGUCCUCUGUAUGAAGGUUGUAAAUGAUCUGGUGUUCAGCGGUUCCAGUGACCAAUCUGUCCAUGCCCACAAUAUACAUACAGGGGAACUUGUACGGAUCUACAAAGGACACAACCAUGCAGUGACCGUUGUGAAUAUCCUGGGGAAAGUUAUGGUAACAGCCUGCUUGGAUAAAUUUGUUCGUGUUUACGAGCUGCAGUCUCAUGAUCGUUUGCAAGUCUACGGAGGACACUCGGAUAUGAUUAUGUGUAUGACCAUUCAUAAAAGCAUGAUCUACACUGGUUGCUAUGAUGGCAGUAUCCAAGCUGUGCGUCUUAACUUGAUGCAGAAUUAUCGUUGCUGGUGGCACGGAUGUUCAUUGAUAUUCGGAGUUGUGGACCACCUGAAACAGCAUUUAUUAAAUGACCACACAAACCCAAACUUUCAGACAUUAAAAUGUCGCUGGAAGAACUGUGAUGCCUUUUUCUCUUCCCGGAAAACUUCCAAGCAGGAUGCUGUGGGACAUAUUGAAAAACAUGCAGAAGAUGAUAGCAAGAUUGACUCAUGAAGUGUUUAUACCUCCCACAUUGGGAAGUGUGCUUUCUAUACUGGAAAUUCCAUGUCUUGCCCAUCUUCCUCCUGAGUUACUUCUUGGAGUACAAAGAGGAGCAAGGCUUUUUCUUUUCUUUUUUGCUACAGAGACAACUUUUUGCAUGCAGCUCUGUAGAGAAAGGAAUGAUGGACAGACUCAGACCAAACAAUCACAAAUGUUUUAGGUUUUUAUUCAUCAGCAGAAACAAACUUCUUUCCUUUUUAUUCUACACUCUCAAAGUAGUGGGUGGUAUAUAUCUAAGAUUCAGCACUGAAACUGGUGCUUAAAGUCUCUGAAAUGUUAAUCAGUUUCUAUAUUGUACGAAAGACCUCCCAGGUAUAUUAUACUUUUGGAUUCAGACACGUCCAAUAAUUUUUUAAAAACCCUUCCGAAAUAUCACAAAGGUAGUGAUUGCUCGGUUUUCUUCCAUCUCAUAAUUGUACCAAGUCCUACAAUGAUAUAUGACCUCCACGAUAAACAGUAAACGAGCUAUUUCCUUUUUACUUUAAGUUCAUAUUAUGACUUACCUUCACUUUUGAAUGGCAAGCCUGUACAACCAUUUACUGCAGUCAUUGAUUUUCUGUACUUUUUUGUACCCCAGGAGGCUUGUGGUGGUGAGCUAUAGAUACCACAUCACCCAACAGCCAUGUGACUGGGUCUCUAUACCAAUUUGUUGGAGUUAAAAAAAUUAAUUGAUGCAAAGCCAAUGCAGAUAACAAUCUCAGUUUUUAAGCAUUGUUGUCUGUGUAUGUUCAGUGCUCGUCUUGUCACAAUAAUGAGACUAUAUUUUGAAUAUAAUUAUUUUUUAGAUAUGACCUGUUUUUAGCAUUGUAAACUAUUGAGCUUUGGAGCUUUGCGUCUCUAUUAAAUGUUUUUUUUCUUCCUGUCCAGUUAACUCCUGGACUCAAAACCAUGUUUGGACAGUGAUUUUUUUUAAUCAGUCACUGGUUCUAUUAUGGUUUGGUUUAAUAAUUGGAAGUCCCCUAUAAGAGAAAGGGUUAUUGGGGUUGAAACAUGAUUUUGAAGUCUGAAGAACCCAAGCAGAAGCUGAAUGUUUAUGUGCCACAUGCUCACAACCACGAAGAGUUGCGUGAAGGCAGUGGUUGCAGUGCAGUGAACCUCUAUGUAAUCACAGGGAAGAAAUGCUCAUUCAGGUGGCAUUGCAGCAGUUCCCACUUUUUUUUUGUCGUUCAAGUGAUUUGUUUUCACUUUUGCAGUCAGUGUUCUCAUCAUUUUUAGUCUUAGUUUUCUUCUGGAACAAACAAAAAGACAGCCAGACAGAGAUACCAGUAAAAGAAGCAGAGCAGGAUGGCGGUUUAAGUUUUAAUGUAAUGUUACUUUUCAGAUAAGAUGAAUGGUCCAAAAGAGCAAAGAGUUGUAAACUCCAAGGUGGGUGUCUUCUGCAGCUGAGGGUAAGAGCUAAGAGCAGGCUUAGAAGUAGCGAAUUUGAGGAAAUGAAGGGUUAUGUGCUGUAUAUUUGAAUCUUGCCUCUCAAAAGCAACUGAGGAAAAUAUUGCCCUCCUUUUCUGUGGAUAAACAUAGCUUCUAAGCAGCCUCUUAAGUUAUUCUAGUAAAAUAACUUAUUUUCUUUUUACAUUUUCAUGUGUCUCUAACCUUGGUCAGGCACCAUUGUCCAUCAGGUGGUCGUUGCCUGAGUGAACAAAAGAAAUUUUGCUCACAAUUCAUUAAUAAGACUCUGUUUUGAAAGUACUUUUCCUAAGCAAAGCAGCAACCUGCAUCAGAUAUUUCCUCUUCUGUCAUCUUUUAGGAUUUGGCUUUUUGUUGUUUUUGACAUUUUCACCAUCUUGUUGAUUUGACAGUGAAAGAAGCUAUAAGGAGAAAUUUGGUUCUCUGAGCUUUAAUCAAGAUGCAAUAGAGCAUUUGAACUGUACAAGAACACUUCAGUAGCUGUUGUGAGUACACAAAAUAAAUUUCUGUUAGAUGCUCCAUAGUUGAAUUUAAUUUGAAAGGAAGAUGCAGAACCAGUGUUGUAUUGAAACGUAUGUGGAGUGCUGUGUUUUUACUAGUCCUGAGGAUUAAUAACUAAAUGGAUUUAAGUUUGUUAUCUUCUUCAGCUUUCUUUGAGGGAUUCUUUAUUAGAAGAGGAUGGUGACUUUGCAGUUGUUUAGAAAAGAAUGUCCUUUUUCAUCAUUGUUGCGAGUGAUUAAGUUCUUACAUCAUUCAGUAUUCUUGGCCACUGAGUGUGAGGGUGUGUGUGUGCAUGUUUAAGAUGGGUGUGAAGACAGAUUUUCCUUUGAUCUCCUUUGGAUGCUUUUUGUCUUUAGAGUGCUUCGCCUAUGAUAAGGUGUUUGUGCCUUGUCAAACGUUAGUUUCCAUAUGCUGACCUUUAUUUAAAAUGUGGAUGAGAACUGCUCUAAAACCCGGUCUUGAUGCAUGUUCAUAAAUUUACAUUACUGUUGACUGUGUUAAAGAAGGUCUCAUACUUAAGUCUGUUGCACUAGGAUACCACAUAGUUUCCUCAUUCAUUUCUUAGACAUGUUCUUCUCUUCUACUUCAGGGACUUUUUGGGGGAGACUCUUUGCACUUCUACCUCUUUUGCAGGAAAUUAGCCUAUUCCUCUAAGCUCUGCAGGAAACCACAGAAAUGCAAAAGAUAAUGUUCCUACGAAUUGUAAAGCUGGUUUGUCAAGAUUAUGUUGGUCACAUUCAUGGCAGGUUUCUGGCACCUUUCUAUAAGUUGAAGGAAGUUUUUAGUGUAAAAUCUUUGAGAUGAUGAUGAUCUCUCUUUUUUCCUUGGAAAGGGAGAAGGAAAUGAUGUGACUAGAGGGAAUUGUGCAGUGUGUUUUGGAUUGUGUGCGGAGUGUUAAAUUUUAUAUGUUGGCUUAAUGACUGAGUAAACUGUUACGUGGUGUGUGUAUAAAGUGAAGUUGGGCUGCAUGCCAACACAAUAGACAUUUCUUUUAUAACAUUAAUCCUAGUUCAUGAAUGAGUAUUCUGUGUUACAGCUGUGCUGUGAGGAAAUAUUUCGUGCAUCAGCCUUUUGGAGACUGCUCAGUUACUUGUCUGUUAGCAUUUCCAUACCAAUAAACUAUAUCUCAGUAACUAUCCCAGCUUCUGUUUGGCCCUUGUAGCAUAUAUUUCACCAUGAAUGACAGACUUCUAAAAUGUUUUGAUUGAAACACUGAAUGUGUAAUCUACAUCCAAUUGCAGUAAGUGGCAGAAUUCUCAAGAAGAGCAGCACUGCAUUGCAUCCUUAAAUGUCAGCCUGAACUUAAAUUCUGUUAUACCUUUGCAUUUUUUAAUUUAAAAAUUCUAGAUUCAGUUUGAACAGCUCUUGUUGCUUCCAUGCUGAUUAUUUUUUUAACCAGUACCUUGCUUGGAAUUUGUAGCAGGAAGAUUUUCUAUGUCACAUAUAAGCAGACAAAAGUAUCAGCUCUUCAUUUUUGUCUAUCUAGAACAAACUAAGAGUAAACUGUGUCAGCAAUAUACUCUGUAAGAGAUUUAAUGGCAAUUUUCCCUAAUGUGAUUAUUUUCUGUGGGAUGAAACCUGUGUGGCUUUUCUCACAAGUAACUAUGUGUGAUUCAUGUGCACAAAAUGAUUUGGUCUUUCCUUUCCUUUUACUACAAAGCUGUGAACUUCAUCAAACAGAACAAAAACCAUGAAAAUAAAGUUACUUUAUACUAAAA